GGCACCGUAUAAUGGAAACAAACAGACUGACGGGGUAAUUUUCUUUCUUAUCGCGCUAUGAACGCUCUGUCGCCCUUUCAACAAAGGCUCAUAGCUGCGCGGCUCGCUCCCGGCUAUUUGAUGAAUCUGCCGUUCUCUUAUCAUGGAUUAAUGGAUGAAAGGUCCUCGUUUUGUAGUAUAAAAGCAGCGAGUGGCUGAAAUGUGCCAACUAGGACAUCAGAAGUGAUGAAUCAGGGAUUUAUGUAUAGAGACAGAUCAGAACUUUAGCAGCCCUGUCGAUGUCAAAAUUCUAUUCAUUAAAAUAACAAAACGUGCAUUUUAUAAUGGCGGGAUAUAAAAACGAACCCCAGGCUUGGUGCCAUAAGCGAACAGAUCAAAGCCGCGGAGGGAAGCCGAACAAGAUGGGCAAGAUUACAUUCUAUGAAGACAAGAACUUCCAGGGCCGCUCCUAUGAGUGCAACAGCGACUGUGCAGAUAUGCAGUCCUACCUGAGCCGUUGCAACUCAGUGCGGGUGGACAGUGGCUGCUGGGUCCUCUACGAACGGCCCAACUACAUGGGCUACCAGUAUGUCCUGACCAGGGGCGAGUACCCUGAGUACCAGCGCUGGAUGGGCUUCAAUGACUGCAUCAGGUCCUGCCGCACAUUCACCUAUCCUAGUGGAGGACCAUACAGAGUGAGAAUUUAUGAACGCCCAGAAUUUGAAGGCCAGAUGAUGGAGUUUGUUGAUGACUGCGAGUCUGUGCAAGAUCACUUCCGUUCUCGCGACAUCUACUCCUGCAAUGUCAUGGAUGGCUACUGGACCUUCUAUGAACAUUCCAGCUUCAAAGGAAGACAGUACUUCUUGAGGCCUGGAGAAUACCGGAAGUUCAGUGACUGGGGAGCAAAUUGUGCAGCGAUUGGAUCGUUCCGAAGAAUUACUGAAUUUUAAUUUUGUUUUACUAAAAGAGCUUUUACUCAUGGCAAAGCCAAUAAA